AUGGAGCCCACUUACUCGCUGACGGCCCACUACGACGAGUUCCAGGAGGUCAAGUAUGUGAGCAAGUGCGGCCCCGGGAGCUCGGGGGGCGGCUCCCUGCCGCACGGCUUCCCCCUCCCGAGGGCCACCUCCAGCUCGGGCCGCGGCGCCUCAGGGGCCGGCCUGAGCCGCUGGAACCGGCGCGAGGUGUGUCUGCUGUCGGGGCUGGUGUUCGCCGCUGGCCUGUGCGCCAUCCUCGGGGCCAUGCUGGUCCUCAAAUACCUGGGGCCCGUGGCGGGCGCGGGCGGGGGCGCGGGGGGCGCCUGCUCCGAGGGCUGCCCGGAGCGCAAGGCCUUCGCCCGAGCCGCGCGCUUCCUGGCGGCCAACCUGGACGUCAGCAUCGACCCGUGCCACGACUUCUACUCGUUCGCGUGCGGCGGCUGGCUGCGGCGCCACGGCAUCCCCGAGGACAAGCUCACCUACGGCACGAUCGCCGCCAUCGGCGAGCAGAACGAGGAGCGCCUGCGGCGGCUGCUGGCGCGGCCAGGUGGCGGGCCCGGAGGCUCGGCGCAGCGCAAGGUGCGCGCCUUCUUCCGCUCGUGCCUCGACAUGGCCGAGAUCGAGCGGCUGGGCCCGCGGCCCAUGCUCGAGGUCAUCGACGACUGCGGCGGCUGGGACCUGCGCGGCAGUGGGGGCGGCGGGGCCCAGCGCUGGGACCUUAACCGGCUGCUGUACAAGGCGCAGGGAGUCUACAGCGCCGCCGCACUCUUCUCGCUCACCGUCAGCCUGGACGACAAGAACUCCUCGCGCUACGUCAUCCGCAUUGACCAGGAUGGGCUGACGUUGCCCGAGAGAACCCUGUAUUUGGCCCAGGAUGAAGAGAGUGAGAAGAUCCUGGCCGCCUAUCGGGUGUUCAUGGAGCGGCUGCUGGGCCUGCUGGGAGCAGAAUCCGUGGAGCAGAAGGCCCUGGAGAUUCUGCAGCUGGAGCAGAGGCUGGCCAAUAUAACUGUGUCUGAGUACGACGACCUGCGCCGAGACAUCAGUUCCAUGUACAACAAGGUGACCCUGGGACAGCUUCAACAGAUCACUCCUCAUCUCCGAUGGAAGUGGCUCCUUGACCAGAUCUUCCAAGAGGACUUCUCUGAAGAUGAAGAGGUGGUGUUGCUGGCCACAGAGUACAUGCAGCAGGUGUCCCAGCUCAUCCGCUCCACACCCCGCAGGAUCCUCCACAAUUACCUGGUGUGGCGGGUGGUGGUGGUUCUGAGUGAGCAUCUGUCCCAGCCCUUCCGAACAGCACUGCACGACCUGUCCCGGGAGAUGGAGGGCAGCGACAAGCCCCAGGAGCUGGCCAGAGUCUGCCUGGGCCAGGCCAACCGACACUUUGGCAUGGCCCUCGGGGCCCUCUUCGUGCACGAACACUUCUCAGCAGCAAGCAAAGCAAAGGUACAGCAGCUGGUAGAGGAUAUCAAACACAUUCUCGGCCAACGUCUGGACGAACUGGACUGGAUGGACAAGGAAACCAAGGCAGCAGCGAGGGCCAAGCUCCAGUACAUGAUGGUGAUGGUGGGGUACCCUGAUUUCCUGCUCAAGCCAGAAGCCAUUGACAAGGAGUAUGAGUUUGAGGUCCAUGAGAAGACCUAUUUUAAGAACAUCUUGAACAGCAUCCGCUUCAGCAUCCAGUUAUCAGUCAAGAAGAUCCGGCAGGAGGUGGAUAAGUCCGCGUGGCUGCUCCCCCCACAAGCUCUGAAUGCAUAUUAUCUUCCCAACAAGAACCAAAUGGUGUUCCCAGCUGGCAUCCUCCAACCUACUCUCUAUGACCCUGACUUCCCACAAUCUCUGAACUAUGGGGGUAUCGGCACUAUCAUUGGGCACGAGCUGACCCAUGGCUACGAUGACUGGGGGGGCCAGUAUGACCGCUCAGGGAACCUGAUGCACUGGUGGACGGAGGCCUCCUACAGCCAGUUCCUCCGCAAGGCAGAAUGCAUUGUCAGCCUCUACGACAACUUCACGGUCUACAACCAGCGGGUCAGUGGGAAGCACACGCUGGGGGAGAACAUUGCCGACAUGGGCGGCCUCAAGCUCGCCUAUUAUGCUUAUCAGAAGUGGGUUCGGGAACACGGCCCAGAGCAUCCCCUCUACCGCCUCAAGUACACCCACGACCAGCUGUUCUUUAUUGCCUUUGCCCAGAACUGGUGCAUCAAGCGGAGGUCCCAGUCCAUCUACCUUCAGGUGCUGACUGACAAGCAUGCCCCAGAGCACUACAGGGUGCUGGGCAGUGUGUCCCAAUUUGAGGAGUUUGGCCGGGCCUUCCACUGCCCCAAGAACUCUCCCAUGAACCCAGCUCAUAAGUGCUCCGUGUGGUGA